AUCAAACAACACAGGGAACAUUGAUGAAAUCCCACAUCAAUGCUAAAUUUGAAUUGACAAUUGAGCCUAAAUAUGGAAAGUGCAUCUGUGCACAAUCAGACUGUCGCUGCAUAUUCAACAUGCCUAAAGCAUAACAGAUUGUAAUUUGCAUACAAAAUGUGUCUGUCUAAAGCAAACAUGUACAGUAACAGGAGGAGCCAGAGUUUCUGGCAGAUAUAAAGAGUGUGUUAGUUUGAUUGAACAGCACAAACGGUGAGUUACUGCUACUUGCACAAUGUUUAAGGAAAUAAUGUCAAAGCAGAUUAUGUGAACAGUUUUGGUGUUUUCAUCCAGAUAAUACUGAGUUCAGCUGUGAUCAACUGAGCAGAGAUGAUGAUGACAUCGAUGGUGUUUUUGGUGGCUCUUCUCUCGAUUGUUCUGGUGAACGGAUGCAGUGAGGAUGAAGACUCGCCUGUCGACUGUUCUGAGCUUAAUAAAGCAGGAGAAACUCUCAGUGGGGUUUACACCAUUCAUCCAGCCGGGGAUGCUCCAGUCUGGGUUUACUGUCAGAUGGUUUCAGAUGGGAAAGAUGAAGAGAACGGAGGAUGGACGGUGAUUCAGAGGAGGAUGGACGGCAGUGUGAAUUUCUAUCGGCCGUGGAGAGACUACAAGAGAGGAUUCGGGAAUUUGGAGGGAGAAUACUGGCUGGGGCUGGAGAACCUCUACCAGCUGACACGCCACAAGGAUCACAUGCUGAGAGUGGAUCUGGAGGACUUUGAAGGAAGGAAAGGUUUCGCUCAGUACUCGUCCUUCUCUGUGGGUUGUGAAACUGAUGGAUAUCAGCUCCAGGUUUCUGGAUUCACUGAUGGAGGAGCAGGCGACUCAAUGACCUACCACAAUGGAAUGAAGUUCAGCACCUUUGACAAGGACCAAGACAACUUUGACAAGAGCUGCGCCAGACUUUAUCUUGGGGCCUUUUGGUACGAUAACUGUCACCAUGCAAACCCCAAUGGUGUGUACUUGUGGGGAGAAGAUGCCACCAUUUUUGCCAUUGGAAACGUUUGGUACGGCUGGAAGAACAAUUAUGGGAUUGGUAUGAAAUCCAUCACCAUGAAGAUAAAGCAUGUGCCUUAGAUGUUUGAAGAAACUAACAACACAACGAUGACAUCAAGGUUCAAGGGUUUCCCUUUCUCUGUCAGUGAUGAAACGUAGUAAACUGUGUAGUAAAUCAAUCAUUGUUUUCUUCUAUUUUGGGUCACUUUAAACUCACUAAAUCUGAAAUGAAUCAAUAAUAAUCGUCAAUAAACUCCAGCAAUGAAAGGCA